CAGCUGAAACCGAACCAAACGCAGCGAUUUAACGCACUCAAACCCGAAUCAAACAAAUAUCUCUAAAAGAUAUACGAAAAUGAACGACGCUGAAUUAUAUAAUAAAAGCAAUAUUAUAACAAAAACGGAUGCUCUGCAAUGUUUAGAAGAAUAUGGAAAGCGAAUUAAAUGGAAAAACGGCGAAAUUACGGUUUUAGACAUUGGUUGCGGAGAUGGAGGCGUAACGAUGGGUAUACUAAAAAAAUUUAUCCCCGAUAAUUGUGAAAGACUGGUAGGUUGUGAUAUUAGCGAAAACAUGGUUCACUUUGCUAAUAAGCAGUACGCGAAUGAUCACACCAGUUUCAUGGUGCUGAACAUCGAGGGCGACUUGCCAAACAAGCUUCGAGGAACUUUUGAUUACGUAUUUUCAUUCUACGCCUUGCAUUGGAUCCAACAACAAGAGGUGGCAUUUGCAAACAUAUAUGAUCUACUAUCAGAGAGAGGCGAGUGCUUUUUAGUAUUCCUGGCUCACACGCCGGUUUUUGACGUUUACCGCGUCCUAUCUCGGUCAACAAAAUGGAAGUUUUGGAUGAAAGAUGUUGAACGCUUUAUUUCACCCUAUAUUGACUGUCUGGAACCUGAAAAGAAGGUCAAACAAAUGAUGACGUCGAUCGGAUUCACUUCGGUGGAAGUCGAAUGUUUGCAUAAGACAUUUGUUUAUCCAAACUUGGAUGUACUCAAAGGUCUCGUAACAUCAAUCAAUCCUUUCGAAAUACCAAAAGAUUUAGAGGAAGAUUUUCUGUUAGAUUACUUUAAUGUUCUCCGAGACUUGCGCAUUAUAGAUCAUGCGAGCAGUAACGUCGAUGGACCGACCAAAGCGACAUUCAACUACCGUCUUAUUGUAGCCAAGGGAAGAAAAGCAUUGAUUUUUUAA